AUGUUGCUAGUGUUUGCGACAAUGAUAAUCGGUGCUUUGGCGAGUGGAGGAGAGAUUGAGAUUCCUGAGGAUGUGGCUGUGAGAACGGUUGGAGUAAAGGGGAAACUCAUGUGUGGGACAAAAGAACUCCAAGGGAGUACAAAGGAUUAUCCAAAAAACGAGACACAAAUCAGUCCAUGGAUCUCGAUUCAUCAUCAAUGUGAAGAGGAUCUCAAGAGUGUUAAGCAAGGUUAUCGACGCUUCAACAUGAAAAUCCCUGAUUCUUACGUUUUGCUGGGCAACCGACCGCAUCGACUCUACGAUUUUGGGACGCUAAAUUUAGAGCUUGGCGUUCACGCAGAGUACAUCGACAAGAACUACAUCCCGAAUCCGAACGCGAAACUCACUGAUGAGAGGCCAGGAGUGAUUGGAGGAGAGCAUGAUCGAUUGGGACAACGACGAACAACCGUUCCUCCAUACGAUCCAUAUCGUAAAAAU